GUGCAGCUUGUUUUCUUUCAUUUUCUUGAUUCCCGUGCUGUAGGAAGAUGAAAGGAGAAGGAGGAGGAGGCAGCAGCGGCAGCCAAACUUAAUAAAUAAUUCUGACGAUUCCUGAUAUCAAAUGGAGGCCCCUGAGUGGGACCCACUGAAAAAUGACACCCUUCCACCGACCCUGACGCCAGCUGUCCCUCCGUACGUGAAGCUGGGCCUGACCAUUGUAUAUACUGUUUUUUAUUCACUGCUUUUUGUGUUCAUCUACGUCCAGCUGUGGCUGGUCCUUCACUACAGGCACAAGAGGUUCAGUUACCAAACUGUCUUUCUGUUUCUGUGCUUGUUUUGGGCCUCUCUUAGGACUGUGCUCUUUUCAUUUUACUUCAAAGACUUUGUCACAGCAAAUUCUCUCAGCCCCUUCAUCUUCUGGCUCCUCUAUUGCUUCCCCGUCUGCCUCCAGUUUUUCACCCUGACCCUGAUGAAUCUUUACUUCACACAGGUGAUAUUUAAGGCUAAAUCAAAAUAUUCCCCAGAGCUACUGAAAUACAGGUUGCCCCUCUACCUGGCUUCUCUUUUCAUAAGUCUCCUCUUCCUCUUGGUGAACUUAACAUGUGCAGUAUUGGUGAGGACACAGAAUUCAGAGAGAAAAAUCAUUGUCUCUGUCCGGGUGGCAAUUAAUGACACGUUGUUUGUGCUCUGCGCUGUUUCACUCUCCAUCUGCCUGUAUAAGAUUUCCAAGAUGUCUUUAGCCAACAUUUACUUGGAAUCCAAGGGAUCAUCUGUGUGUCAGGUGACAAGCAUAGGAGUGACUGUUAUACUACUUUAUACCUCACGCGCCUGUUACAACUUGUUCAUCUUAUCAUUUUCCCAAACCAAGAAAGUCAAUUCUUUUGAUUAUGAUUGGUACAACGUAUCAGAUCAGGCAGAUCUGAAAUGCCAGCUGGGAGAUGCAGGUUACAUAGUGUUUGGAGUGAUCCUUUUUGUCUGGGAGCUCUUGCCUACUUCCUUGGUUGUGUAUUUCUUCCGUGUUCGAAAUCCUACCAAAGAUCUAGCCAAUGCAGGAAUGGUCCCAAGCCAUGGCUUCAAUCCCAGAUCUUAUUUCUUUGACAACCCUCGCAGAUAUGACAGUGAUGAUGAUCUGGCAUGGAAUAUUGCACCCCAAGGUGCACAGGGCAGUUUCUCUACAGAUUACUAUGACUGGGGCCAUCAGAACAACAGCUUCAUGGCUUACAUAGGAUCCCUCCAGCAAGAUCCAACACUGGACACAGACAGGCCAAGCCCUAUAUGACUUCAAUCAACUACCCAUUUCUAGGACAUUCCAAUAUUAAAAUAAUUGUUCUGAAAAA